AAUUACCUUUGUAACUCCAUUUCUGAGGCAGCCAACGCAUUGGGCGAAAACAAAACAACAUUUGUAAGGAAGGCGAUGGAGAGUGAUGCCGUUCGACGUUGGGCGUUGGAGUUCCUUCUUCGGAGCCCAUUCGUAGCCGAUGACCUAAUUGAAAAAGUGCUUCCUAUAAUCCCCGUUUCAGACGCUGAUUCUCGCCUCAAGAAGACCCUUCUCCUCAGAGCCCUUCAAUACCACGUCUUCGCACUCUCCAUCCCUGAACCCCUUCUCCAAAUCCUCGAAAUCCUCGAAGAAUUCCACCGUAUCGAUGGCUCUCCGGUCACCGCCGCUAUGAGUGCCGCCUACUGCGCCGUCGCGGUCGAGUGCACGCUCAAGUACCUACAACUGGAAGACCACGGUAAAAACCCCUUCUACUUCAAUGCUGUGGAAAGGAUAUGGCGCGCUAGGGUUCCGCACAUGAACAGAUCCGGCGACUUCGAAGGAAGCCUUAUGUUCACCGAGGAGUUGAAGCGGUGGAGCAGCGACAUCGAAGCUUCUCUUUCGGACUCGCAAUUGAGGGAGAGGCUGGCCUCCAUUGAUACCAGAAGAGACGCCAUCAUCAAGCUUAGGGUUUACUUGGCCGAGGAAUGGGCCAAUUUGGGCCCUUCCUUUCUUGAGGUAGCUGCGUCCGUGCACACAAACAAGGCCCCAACUACAGAACACUUGGAGGCCCAACACCAACACCAAGAGAGAGAAAUUCAGGACUGUAGCAAUGCUGCUGAUGAGCAAAUACCUUUAGCAACAACUAUUGAAGUCCAAAAGGUUGGGGAAUGCGCUUCAUCAGGGUUGCAAACAUUGGUCAAGGAUUCUCUACUUAAUUCAUCAGAAGUCAAUGAGGAAGCACAUGUUGAAGAACAGAGUAGAGAUGCAGAUAUACCAUGUCCAGAUGUUAUUAAUAAUAACGAGGCUGAUAUGGCGGAAAAAGAUCAAGCUCCUGUCCCCCAUAUUCGUGUUCAAAAGCCAAGUUUGAUGGAAGAGAAUACUGCUGCUCGUAUUUAUGAGUGGGACGAGUCCAUAGAUGGCAUGCAGGGUGGAACAUCAAAUCCUGAAAGAAGAUUUCAUUUGCCUAGCCCCAAGGUCAGAAAGCUUUCUCCAUUGAAGAAGUAUGUACCCACUAAGAUUACAAUGAGGAGAAGAGCAAAAAAAUGGAGUCCGUUGGAAAUGGAGACUCUAAAGACUGCUGUAGACAAGUAUGUGCUUGUUCUUAUAAUUAUAUUUUCACUCUGGAUUUUGAUUAUGCAAGUAUGUGCUUGUUCUGCUGUUUUACCACUAUUUGGCAAGGGAAAUUGGAAAAUAAUCUUAAAUUCUCACAAAGAUAUAUUUGAAGAAAGAACUGAAGUUGAUUUGAAGGAUAAAUGGAGAAACAUGACACGGUAUGGAUCCAAGUGAAUCAGAAAUUUCACCUCUUGAAUAUUACAAAGAGUUCUGUCUCUUUUCAAUGCGGACCAAGCUCCACAAUUUCCCGUGAUUCUUUGGAGCCUUUGAAAGCAUCGUAACGAAAAGCUAUGGGAUGGUAAAGAGUCAGCUGCUAAUGUAGUGUUGCUGCGUGCUUAUCAUGUGUUGCGUCUACCAUUCCUAAUGACAGCAAUUACAGUGGCUUGCCUGUUGUAGCAGCUUGGCAUAAACCUCCUGUUGGCUUUUGGAAAUGUAAUGUUGAUGCUGGUAUCCACUCACCAGCUGGGUUUGCUGCAUUCGUGAUCAUCUAGGCAAUUUUAUCCAAGGAAAAACACAUUGGAUGCAACCUUGUGUUGAGACAGAGGAUGGAGAAGCUUUGGAUCUGUUACAAGCUUUAAAUGGAGUUGCAGAUUUGAAUUUAUCUAAUGUGAUUUUUGAGUGGAUUGUAAAGUUGUAGAUAAGCUGCUUGAUAAGAGCCUGAUAGUUUUGAAAUUGGUUCUAUUUUCAAUGAUUAUCAUAUCCUAACUCAAUUUCAACACUUUUGUGUUGGGUUUAUUAGGAGGAGUUAAUGUUGUAUAUACGCGUGAUAGAGCAGCAAUUGACAAUGCUAGUCUUUAUUUUUACCAUUAUAUACUUGAUUGUAAUUUUUCUCUUAUUCUUACUGAAAUGACAAGUUUACUCCCUUAAAAAAA